GCAAGCUCAAGUUGACCCAACCCGCCUGAUCGAGGAGCUGGCCAUCGUCAAGACCAUGCUACAUCUAUUGGACACGCCUACUGCUCGCAUCGCUCAAUACAGAUCCCAAGUGGAGUCACGGAUCCAGAGACAGCGGAUCGUCGAGAGCCAGCUUCACGACCUCAACAAGGAGCACGACGAGAUCAAGCGCGAGAUCGCAUCCUUCAAGACACUCAUCUCCGAG